AGUCCGCCGGGUCGUGGGGGAAGCUGUCGUUGUGUGUUGAUGUUUUGGAUUUUAAACUCAGGAGGAUUUUUCUUUUCUGUAAAGUUUUUAUAAAAGCGGACAUUUUGUACGGAUGCGGGGCGAAGAGUCGUCGGAUUCAGAGUCGGGCAGGAUGGAGGAGAGCUCGGUGCGGAGGAGUCUGGAGACGUUGUGUCAGGAGCUGAACAUGGACGAGCAGACUGCCACUGAAGCCAUGGAGAACUUCACUGCCAUCUGGAACACAUACACACUGGAGGGAGAGGUGGUCCACUGGUUGGCGUGUUCUCUGUAUGCAGCCUGCAGGAAGGGCUCCACUCCCACAGUGGGUAAAGGGUUGAUGGAGGGAAACUGUGUCUCCCUCACCAGGAUCCUUCGCACCGCCAAACUCAGUCUGAUCCAGUUCUUCUCCAAGAUGAGGAAGUGGUCCGAUAUGUCCAACCUGUCGCAGGACUUCAGGCUGCGCGUGGAGCGGCUGGAGCGCAAUUUUGAGGUCUCCACAGUGAUUUUCCGCAAGUUUGAGCCCAUCUUCAUGGACAUGUUUCAGAACCCUCAGGGUGGGGAGCCGCCACGACAGCCACGCAGCAGGAAACACAGGCGACUGCCCUGUCACAUCAGCGAUGUGUUCAAGUUCUGCUGGACUCUGUUUGUCUACACCAAAGGUAACUUCCGUAUGAUUGGUGAUGACCUGGUGAACUCGUAUCACCUGCUGCUUUGCUGUCUGGACUUGGUGUUUGGCAACGCUUUGCUGUGUGCCAACAGGAGGGACCUCAUCAACCCAACGUUUAGAGGUCUGCCUGCUCUGUACCGUGUUGACGGACACGUUUCACCAGAUGAACCUCCUCCGUGUGUGUUGGAGAGGUUAUGCGAGCUGCACGACGGACUGGUGGUGGAGGCAAAGGGCAUCAAACAGCACUACUUCAAACCCUACAUACUGAAACUGUUCCAGAAACAGAUCCUGAAAGGCGACGAGGACCACUUGACAGAAAUGUUGGAUCCUCAGAACUUCAUUGAUAACAAUAAAGCCAUAAACCGGGAGUACGAGGAGUACGUGCUGACGGUGGGAGAUUUCGAUGAGCGAGUGUUUCUGGGAGCCGAUGCGGACGAAGAAAUCGGGACUCCCAGGAAGAUUGUUCAGGAGCCAUCUGCCAGCCAGACGUCUACUCAGAACCAGCUGCAACAACAUGUAGAGAAGUCAGGCUCUCUCGCCCCCUCCACCCCUCUGACCGGACGAGUUUACCUGAAGGAGAAGGACCUGCUCGUCACGCCCGUCUCCUCGGCGACACAGAGCGUCAGCCGGCUGCAGAGCAUGGUGGCCGGGUUGAGGGCGGCGCCCAGUGACCACCUGAUGCAGAUCUUCAAGUCGUGCUCCAGAGAUCCCACAGAGUCUAUACUGGGCAGAGUGAAGACACUGGGACAAACAUUCAAAGAACAUUACACAAACGACUCAGAGGACAUGCCUGGCUCUCAUAUAGACUUUGCAGAGAACCGACUGAAGCUGGCUGAGAUCCUUUACUACAAGAUCCUUGAGAAUGUCAUGGUGCAGGAGACCAAACGGCUGCAAGGCAAAGACAUGAGUGUGUUAUUGGAGCAGGAUAUCUUCCACUGUUCCCUGAUGGCGUGUUGUCUGGAGGUGGUGUUGUUCUCCUACAGCUCCCAGAGAACCUUCCCCUGGAUCAUCAACAUCUUCAAACUCUCCCCAUUCUACUUUUUUAAGGUGAUUGAGGUGUUUAUCCGCUCUGAGGAAGGCCUGUCCAGAGACAUGGUGAAGCAUUUGAACCUGAUCGAGGAGCAAGUUCUGGAGAGCAGAGCGUGGAGCGCAGACUCUGCCCUGUGGAGCGCCCUGCAGGCUGCUGGGAACAAAGUCCCCACAGUGGAGGAGGUGAAUUUUUCCUCCAGUCUUGACACUGGUUCUGGUCCUGGUUCUGGUCCUGGUUCUACCAGUGGAGGUCAGUCCCACCUGCCUCUGGUCGCCCUCUCCCCCAUCAUCCACCCCCGCAUCAGAGAGUUCAGGUCAGGCCUGGGCAGCGCACGUAAAGAUGUGCCUCCCUCCCCGCUGUCGGUCCACGACAGGUACAGCUCCCCAGCAGCUGGCAGCGCUAAGCGGCGUCUGUUUGGCGACGACCCUCCGGCCACGACAUCAGGAGUGGCUCCAAGCUUGAGUCCAAUGUCGUCACCAGCCAAGAGGUUGACAUUUGGCUCAAGCAGCACCCUGAAGAUCAGUCAGGGCUCCCAGGCCACCGUCUUGAGUUUCCCACUGCAAGGUAUGAAUAACGACCGCACCAUCACACUGAUCCCGGUUCAGCCGUGUGACUCCUCUGGCACCAUCACCGCUCAGUUCCUGCUGACCGCCUCCCCGAGCCGCGCCGCCACCGCACCCGCAACCUCCGAUGCCCAGACAGGAAUGGGACGGCCGCGUCGCACUGGAUCACUCGCGCUGUUUUUUAGGAAGGUGUAUCACCUGGCCAGUGUACGUCUGAGGGAUCUGUGUGCGAAGAUGGAUGUCCCGUCGGAGCUGCGAGGGAAAAUCUGGACGUGUUUCGAACACUCUCUGGUCCACUGCACCAGUCUGAUGAAGGACAGACAUCUGGACCAGCUGUUGCUGUGCAGCGUUUACAUCAUAUCCAAAAUCACCAAAGAGACGCACACCUUCCAUGACAUCAUGAAGUGUUAUCGCAGCCAACCACAAGCCAGCAGCCAUGUAUACCGCAGCGUGUUGCUGCGUCACACUCCCAGAGAGCAGGUGACUGAUGAGAACAUGGAGGUGGAUCCUGUUUCAGGUGGCGAAUCUGCAGAGAAAACCAAUCAGGUCUCAGGAGAAGCGAACUCUGACCAAUCAGGGGAGGAGGAACGUGGUGACCUUAUCCAGUUCUACAACAAUGUCUUCGUCCUGAAGAUGAAGGGCUUUGCAUUGCGAUACGCCACCCAUGACAACCGGGCGGACGCUCCCCCUCUGUCUCCGUUCCCGUCUGUCCGGGCUCAGCCUCUCUCCCCUCGCCGGAUUUCUCAGAGACACUCGCUGUAUGUUUCCCCUCACAAGAACUCUGCAGCCUGCCUCACACCCAACUCCUACACGUACAGGAUCAACAGCAGCCCAUCUAAGGAGUUAUCCGACAUAAACCGGAUGAUCCGUCAGGGCUCUGUGAGCAGGAAGAGGGCCUUCACCAUGGAGGGGGAUGUGAUGAUGUCGUCAUCCUGCGACUCCCCCAGUAAGAGGGCGUGUCCGGAGAAUGGCAGCAGUCCAGACGUGCUACUGAAGCGUCUGCAGGACGUCGUGUCCGAGCGGCAGAGUCACUGACGGGCUGACAGAAGGAGAAACGCGUGAAACAUUCAAGUAACUUUCAUCACAGAACAGUUACUGAUGAAACAAGACAUUAAGAGUCUUUUUUCAUCACUGAUGUCCGUUUGAUUGUGACAUUUUAUAUAUUAUGACCUGAGGGUCAGAGAACCUGAGCAGAACAUAAUGGCACAAUUCAUGCCAUUUUAUUUUAUCCCUGUAAUUCCUCUUGUAGAGUUGUCACAACCUCACAAAUUGGACUUUGGCACCAAUAAUAAUAUCUACAAUGUGAUAUUUGAACCAUAUCAGGAAUCAAAACGCAAUCCGUGACACACCACACCUGUUUCACCUUUUCACCUUAGAAGACUUGUUGACUUUAGAUGAACCGUUUGACUCUUUAGAGGUCUUUUUUAAGUUUUGUAAAAGUCUUUUAUAAAAGUAUCUUUAACUUUUAUCCCACAAAUGCAAAUGUUGUGCCAUUGUUACACAGUCAAGAGUGUCAUAACUCACUGGUUGCAGCUGCUAGGUGGCAGCACAGGCAGGUUUUUCAGACUUCUGUUACUCUUUAAAGGAUGGUUUCACAUUUUUUUCAUUUUUUAUGUUGAAAAGUUAAAAAUACCACAGUGGCCUGAAUAUAAUAAGACUGAUUAUGAGAUCAUUUUUUGUUGAAAUAUAGUUAUUGAAAAUAGGAAGGUUUUCAGGGGAUACUGUAAAGAGAGCUGUCCUCCUGUGAAACAUGAAAUACUUACAUUACAGCAGAAUGUAAAUCCCACAGUCGUGAAUCUUGUCACAUACUCAGUCUCUCUCCUGUCGGACUCUUGAAGCUGUCUCAACUAUUUACUCUGGAAAUUUUUCAGACUUUCUGAGCUCCUCAUUAUCAAAUUCAGCUGUGAUUGUUGGCAGCUUGAUGGACUGUUUCUGCCGUGAGGAUGUCAGGAGACACUUUUGACUCGAUUUCACUUUGCAGGAAUUUUAUUUCCACUCUUUGGUAGCAAAACACAGAAACUUUCAUAGGUUAGGCUAAACUAGCUGAGCUCCUACAGCCCUCUGUGAACUGACAUUAAGAAACUCUCUGUCUUAGCAAUAAAGUGUCAGCUUCCUUUCAUGUCGCGCGCUUGAAGAAUUUUAUGUCGUGACCACCUUCAUAUUUUGUUGUGCGAUGUGAUUGGUAGUGUUACUAACAUCGCCAUAGAGAUAGUAGUUUUAAAUCCACACAGACUCUGAGCUGCGCUCAGCAUCCUACAUCUGUCAUCAGUGCUAUAUCGUAGGCAACUGGACUUCCUUGAGUUUCUUGAAGACAUUUCGCCUCUCAUCCAAGAGGCCUCUUCAGUUCUACGGGGAUGUACAUUAACCGCCUUGAAAACGUGAGGUCAUAUCCUAUUUACCUGAAAUCCUGAGUGCAAAGCUGAUCUUCUUCCAGGAGCUGUUUAUAAGUGUGUUGAUAUAUCGUCUGUCAGACAGAUGAAAAGCUGUGGCAGCCCUGCACCAAAAUUAUCAACUUCUCUUCCAUAUUUAUCACAGACUGAUAUUUACGGAAGAAGAGAGAGACAACUGUCGGCUGUGAUUGGUUGUUCCUCAUCACAUGACAUGCAAUGCGUGCUGCUGCAUGUUGAAUUCGGUUUAUCUCAGGGCGCAGCCGUCACGCCUUGAAAAACAGGUGCUCAGGAACGCCUACGUGCCACAACGGAGUGGCUCUGGUGUUUGUGUAUGCAUCCCGUGCAUAUUCAUUGAAAAUAAUUAAUUUGAAGGCGCAAAAGACGCGGCAUGUGUACGGUCCCAAAGGCAUCGUCAGUCAUUAAGAACUCGAGAAGCUUCUUGGAUGAGAGAUGAAACGUCUUCAAGAAACUCAAGCAAGUCCAGCUGCCUAUGAUAUAGCACUUACUUACUUCAUCGACAUGACCCACGGCUGGCUGUGUUUUCACCAGGCUGACUGACAGCAGACAUUUACUCAACCAAAAUAUUCUCAUGGCAGUGCCACAGGAGGAAAUCAGCAGUGUUUGUAUUUACUUAUUCUUUGAAAUCUGCAGCGCACAGACUGGGGGCUGAUCAAACCAGACUUACAUGGUAAAAACGUCAAAGCACAGAUACAGCUGGAUAUUUAGGUGAUUCAAACAGCUGUCUGUGUAGAUUGUGCUUCACUAAACGAGACAGAAAUACACUCAAAGUGUCCCUGGUUACCACGGAGAUGACUUAAAACCAAUCGCAGAAGCAUAAAAUGAUGUACGAUGAUUUAAUUUCUGUGGAGCGAUAGUUUUGACUGCCCUAUCAUAAAUUAGGCUUGUAGCUACAAACAGCCCAUAAUUCAGCAGAAGGUACUCCGUCUAUUCAGUCGGAUAUCUGCUCCUGUUGAUUACAAAAAUGUUUUACAGUAUAAUACAACCCACUGUUUUAUAACAUAGUUUCCAGUGAAAUAUAAUGUCAUGUCUGUUAUUCAGGCCAGUGUGGUAGAAACUUUUAUUAAAACCCAGCGUUGAAAGGAGAUAUUUCACAGUGGUACUGAUGUUUCCCACAAAGAAGAAAACACUCAACACUUUAAUUUUAUUUUAAGCUUUGCGUCUGAUGACCUUCAGCAGGCAUUUUCAUCUUCUUUCAUUUUACUGAUGUGAAACCAGAAUUUAGGUUGCUAUAACAACAGUUCAGCGCACGUUUUUGUUUUUUGUUUUUUGUUUUUUUAAUUUUUUUUUUUUUUUUGUUUGUUUUUUUUUAGCCAGGGUGAAAAUCAAACAUCUUGCCCCUGGCAGUGUUCGCUGUUUCCUGCCAACACAAAUAAAUAAAUACAUAUACAGUAUUAAAAAUUUAAAGUUCAAGUUGUAAAAAGUAAAAACUCACAGUGGAGUUUUAACCUGAUGCUGAGGAUCAUAUAUCAGAGACUGAGAAGCCUGAGGUCGAUGGUUCGAUUCUCGUUCUCAAACAGAAGUUGAAGCUUGUUGCUCUUCGUCAGGUCGAAAUAUAUUUGAAAGAAAAAAUGUAAAGUUUUCAACCUUAAACUUGUGUAAAUAGUUUCCUUUAACAGGAUUUGCCAAAUCAAGCUGUAUUGUACAUUUUCUAGUAUAAACACGUCUUCCACUACUAUAUUUUCAGAGGUCUCUAGUUUUUAUAGAGAUUGUAUUGCUGAGGGAGAAUAAUUCUUUUACUCACUACUUCUUACUGUUUCCUUUUAACUUUCAUUUUUGUGGUUAUGAACCAUUGAUUGUUGUAAAAUGCUGUAAUAAAAGGCAAUAAGAGUGCUUGAUUGAAGCAGCAUUUUUGUAUGUUCAGUGUGUAGCAUCUACACAUCAGUUUUAUUGAAUUUAACAUUUUAGAAAACAAUCUAACAAUUUAACAUCUUCUGUUUUGUUCGCACCUGGUUUGCUAAAAGCACAGUAGCAAAGGAGACAGAGAAAAACUAACCACUUGUUGUAAAAUGCAAAUUAAAGUUGUAGCUUUUGUUCCCAGAUGGCUUAAAAAAGUACAGUAAUGGAAAUGAAUCUGAAAGCAGGGAAAGCAUUUGUGUCAUUUUUGUAACUUUUCUGAACUCUUUCCAACCAGUAUAUUUGUAUUUUCUACAAACUGUCAAAAGUUUUGUAAAAUAAAAUGUAC